AUGCAGCAGCAGCACCAACAGCAGCAGAAGCAGCAACAGCAGCAGCAGCAGCAACAGCAGCAGCAGCAGCAGGAUCUCCUUGUCAAAGCACGCGCCUUGCUGCAGCACGAAGACAGCAGCAACAGCAGCAACAGCAGCAGCAGCAGCAGCAGCAGCAGCUGCAGCAGCGGCAGCGUUGCUGCAGCUGCAGCAGCAGCAGCAGCAAUAGAUGGGGCUGCUUCUUUGGGGGGCUUUGUCUUCGCCUCAGGGAAGAAACCAAAAGUCAGCGAGGAGGCAAUCGCCAGGGCCCGCGCCUUGCUGCAGCAAGAUGAUGACAGCAGCAGCAGCAGCAGCAGCUGCAGCAACAGCAGCAGCAGCAACGGUGCAGCAGCAGCAGCAGCAGCAGCAGCACCGCAGAUGAUGGGUUUCUCGCUGGCGUCAGGUGCACCUGUUCGUGUCAGUGUGGAAGCCAUGAGCAAAGCACGCCGUCUGCUGCAGCACGAUGAAAGCAGCAGCAGCAGCAGCAGCAGCAGCAGCGGGAGCAGCAGCAGCAGCAGCAGCGGGAGCAGCAGCAGCAGGAGCGAGGAAGGGUCAGCAGCAGCAAAGCUGCAAGAGCCGCCGCAGGGUGUUUAUGUCGAUUCAUACAAAACAAAUCAGCUGCAGCAGGAGACACACCGAAAAGGAGACAGCAGCAGCAACAACAGCAGCAAUGCCGCAGCAACAGCAGCAGCAGCAGCAGCAGCAGCAGCAGCACAAACUGAAGGACUUGCUGCUGCUGGGUUCUCCUUUGCUUCCGGUCAAGCACGAAGACAGCAGCAGCAGCAACACAGCAACAGCACCAGCAGCAGCAGCAGCAGCAGCAACGAAUGGUGCUCAGGGGUUUGGUGGCUUCUCCUUCGCCUCCGGCCGUAA